CACUGUCUUGCUCCGAGCGUGCAACUCACCAUGGGCGAAGUCAAGCUAUCGUUACCCAAAUUCCUACAGGUGUUUACUUCCAAUGACGUGCCCAUGGCCAAGGCGAUGGUCGUCGCCGGGAAACUCUACAAGGAUUGCAAUACCUCUAACAAGCUUUCCGAGCUGAAUGAUGGCAAAUUGAUCGCCUACGGGAUCGACGAUAAAGAAAUGCGUAAUAUGGUCUUGUCUGCUCUAAAGAAGAGUGGCUACAGCAGCCGAAAGCGAAAGGCUGUGACGGAUACUAUUUCAAAUCCUGAAGCUGGCCCUUCAUCUCUGAACGCGAGGAAGCGCAAGAGAUCCGAAGUCACAAACGAGUUCUUGCCGUCAGUGGAUACUCCUGCUGUUCAAGAAUACGAAUUCAAUGAAGUCUUGGAUGAACAGGCCCUCCAGUCAAGGAGCACUGUGGUCAAUCGGGCUCCAUUGAUGACUGCUUGGUCCUUCCUGGUGGCCCAACGUUUGGGAUUUGGUCUAGAAGAGGCACUUAGUAUCGCAUCUGUCUACACCGAACUCAAUGCAAUAUCCAAAGGAGUAAGCAUAGGUGUCUUCAAGAAAAGCGACCGAAGAGCGACCGAGGCCUCCUUGGGAGGCACUCAGCCGUUUGUUGAGCUGAUGGGCAGAAGACCGCUCUAUCGCUCUCAGAACUCACAGUGGAGAGCGUUAUCCAACGACGAACCGGUAGAUCCCGGCGUCGCGUUUGGAUACAUCUCUCGGGCGCUACGGCAAAAUACCCCGUACAUUCUCGGCGCGCUUCGCCUGCUCGUGGAGAGCUAUUCAGUGCAGGAGAUCAACAAGAUAGCGUGGAGUCUUUAUGCUGACUUUCGGCCGGAUGUGACAGGCUGGGGCGACCGAGGGCAAGUGCGAUGCGAAACGAUUCUCGCACUGCGCAAGCAUCCGGCAUCUCCAGUCUCAGUGGAAGAUUUGUCGGCAGAUGAAGAACCGGUGCAAAAAAGGCCGCGCGGGCUGACACUGGAAGAGUACGAAGCUGCAUUAGACCAAGAUCCGUCCCUCUACGAUGAUAUUGUCGACUGA